AUGCGAAGUCCAGCACUUAAUAGCCUAGAGAUUGAAGGUUCACAAAAAGCGCUCCAAGUUUCCGGUGAAAAAAAGACUGAACAUCCAAAAGAGUGGUUGGCUGUGAUCUGCGAGACAACGAUGAAUAGGCGACAACUCUCACACCCAAUCGACAAGCCGUGCAACACAAGCCAUCCAAAAGAGUGGUUGGCUGUGAUCUGCGAGACAACGAUGAAUAGGCGACAACUCUCACACCCAAUCGACAAGCCGUCCAACACAAGCCGUUAAGGUAUCCCUUUAGACAUUCAUUGCUUGUUGUCCUCCAGACAAUCCUCC